GGAGCUAUCAACCGGGCACUCAGCAUCCUCCACAAAACGAUGCUCGUGUUGCAGGUGAGAUUAAGUGGAAAGUAAUGAUAAUUAAUGUAAAGAGAGGGCAGACAGGCGUUCCCUAUCUCCUGAUACUUUUACAGCUGAAGAGAAUGACGCUGACAAGACUAUGCUAACAGCAUGCGGUGACUCGGACUGAAACCUGAAUGCACAGAGGGUCUGCUGGCUGCAACAGCAGGGGAAUAGCUUAGAUGAAGGAUGAAGAGCCCGGUGCACAGAUACAGGGAUGUGGAGCAUGGGCGUGGGCUGAGAGGGGCCGGGACAGGGACCACCUGCGUACAGACCGAGCAGCGUAUCCCCAUCUCCAAAGAUGUCAUCACUUCCUCCUCUGCCUCUGCCAUGUGGUUCAUCAGGGACGCCUGCGGCAUCGCUUGCGCCGUGAUCACCUGGCUGCUGGUGUUCUACGCAGAGUUCGUGGUGGUUUUUGUGAUGUUGCUGCCCUCCAAGAAUCUGACUUACAGCAUUGUGAACGGGACCCUGUUCAACACUUUGGCCUUCCUCGCCCUCGCCUCACACCUUAGAGCAAUGUGCACUGACCCUGGAGCAGUGCCAAAAGGAAAUGCCACAAAGGAAUACAUAGAGAGCCUUCAGCUUAAACCAGGACAGGUGGUCUACAAAUGCCCCAAAUGCUGUAGCAUCAAGCCUGACCGAGCACACCACUGCAGUGUUUGCAAACGAUGCAUAAGGAAGAUGGACCACCACUGCCCCUGGGUAAAUAACUGUGUUGGGGAGAACAACCAAAAGUAUUUUGUGCUUUUCACAAUGUACAUUGCACUCAUCUCUCUGCACGCUCUGGUCAUGGUGGUCUUCCAUUUCCUCAACUGCUUUGAAGACGAUUGGACAAAGUGCAGUACCUUCUCUCCUCCAGCUACAGUCAUCCUCCUUAUACUCCUGUGCUUUGAGGGCCUCCUCUUUCUCAUCUUCACCUCUGUGAUGUUCGGUACCCAAGUCCACUCCAUCUGUACCGACGAGACCGGCAUAGAGCAGUUGAAAAAGGAAGAGAGAAGAUGGGCUAAAAAAACUAAGUGGAUGAACAUGAGGGCGGUAUUUGGACACCCUUUCUCCUUAUUAUGGUUUAGUCCCUUCUCCACCCCCGACCACGGGAAGGCUGAGACCUACCAGUAUGUGGUGUGAGAGCUCAGCGCAGGGAAACGAGGCGGCUGUAACAGAACCAAAGUGGGAGGCCCUGCUCAGCUAUGGCAGUCUGUCGCUCCAAAUGCUGAACUUGAUUUAUCUCCCACGCUAGCCAUGGACAGCUAACCAUCUGCUUUUUGUGUUGCCAACUAAGUGCGCUAUACAUUUAUUUCUGUGCUGCCUUUGGGUGAGUCGAGUUGCAGAGAAAAAGAAAACACUUUUUAGUUUAUGAAUCGUGUUUUCAAACACUGUGAAAAUUCUUUUUUUCUGAGCUAUUUCUAUUUCUGUUGUAUCAGAAGCCUUUCUACUUGCUCUGUUUACUCUUAUCUUUGAAGUUUAAGUUCAGUUGAUUCCCACCAAAACCUGUUUUCUGACUCAUCUCCUACUGUGUCUGGCCUAAGUGAUGGUUUUGGUUUUAGGUCUUUUAAUCUGAUUAAUCUAUGUAUUACUGGAAUGGCACUAAACUAAAUAUGCCAGGCACCUCACGAGAGUUGAAGUGAUCAAUCAUACAUCACCUAUUUAUGACCAAACAGUCCAGACUGUACUUUUAGAUUUAACAUGAACCAAACAUAGGAAAACAUUUGGCAUCAGUGGCAAGAAACCGUUCAUUUCAACAGACAGAGAGCUAGAGCACAACCAAACUGUUUUAACUGUUUCCCUGGAACCCCUUUUAAAAAAAAAAAAAAUCAGUUUCAAACAAACAAAAUGCUGCUGUCCUGUAAACAAACAGCCAUAAGAGUGGACAAAUUUGGAGGCUACAUGACACCAAAAUGUUAGUGAUAAAAUGUGUUUCUUCUAAUUUUGAAUGAAUUGGCCCUUUUAACCUCAAACCGACCAGACAAGUAUUUUCUUAAGUAUGAAGCAGAUAAAGCCUUGGGUCAUUAGUGAAGCCAAUUCAGAAGUGCCUUAAGGCUGCAUUCUCUGUUACCUCCAAUUUCCACAUAAACUGGCUGCACAGCGCUCCCCCGACUGAAGGCACACUGGAAGCGUGUCUAGAGUGCAGUACAGCUCACCCCUGAGCAGCUUGAGACGAGAGGGUAAAAGGUCACAAGGAGAACUAAUGGGGCUUUUCCACUACGGCUUUUGGCUGCGCCAAGCCAAACCAAGCCAUGCUGAUUUGCACUUCCAUCACCAGUUUGGCAGCGCUGAGCACUUAGAGCAGGCCAGCCCCACCCUCAAGCGCACCGCGCUGACGUUGAAGCACUUCGCAGGGUCCAAUUUGCUGGGAAGAUUUACCCCUUCAUCUACUGAUAACCCCCCUCCAUGAUAAAUUUUCACCCCACAGGGAGACAGGGGAGAUGGGUUUUAUCCCUGACUGUGCUCCAACUGUCCAUAACUCUGUUACAGUGGUGUCAGCACUCACUCUAUGGCUUAAAUAUUAAUGACACAAAACCAAAACUUGAGAUUUUUGUGCAUACUACAGUCGGAUAGUUACACAUGGCUUCUCACACUGAUGAGUGAGAUCAGAAAGGAACAGAUCCAGGAAUACAACUUUUUCUGCACCUACUAAUAACAAAAGUUUGAUCCCAUCCCCAUCUUAUAGACAAAUAAAUUCUAUACUUUUAAAAAUUAAAUGCUGGAGGUGUUCAUAACAUUUUGCCCAUGAUGGAGUCUGUCUUUAAUUUAUUAACUGGCGCUAGUAAAGCAUGCCGUUCUCACAGCCAAAUCCAAAAAUAUGAUUGUGUUUAUUUUCUGCUCUCUAGAGACCCACAAAUCAAUAAUGAGACUGUACUUUAACUUAAAUGCAGGCAAAUUCUCUCCUUGUGUGAUAAGCAUGAAUUACUGUUUGUUU